AUGUCAAGGUCUAGGCCCAACAGCGGGGGCUUACUGCCGGGCGCUGUUAUCCUGACGCCGCCCUCGCUUUCGGAAAUCCUAGCCAACACUUCUUCUCCUCCGUGGACGCUUGCUGCCUUCAUGGCCUAUCUCUCACAAAACCACUGCCUGGAGACCCUCGAAUUCACCAUGGACGCCGAGCGAUAUCGCAAGGCCUACGAACAAAUCAUCACCAACGAUGAGUGGAUCGGUGACACGGGAAAUGAACACGUUUGCCAACUAUGGGAUAAGUUGAUGCAAGCCUACAUCAUCCCUUACUCUCCUCGUGAGGUCAACCUUCCCUCGCGGGUACGAGACCGUCUCAUGUCCCAGACCUGCUCACCCGGCCCACCUCCGCCUUCGGAACUCGACGAGGCCGUGAAGAUUGUUUAUGAGCUGAUGAACGACUCGGUUCUCCUUCCGUUCAUUGAGUCGGUCAUGCCGGCUCAUGGAGAUGUGAACAUGGAGGGCGACGUCAACGAUGCGAGGCAAGGGCGCACGAGAGGAGCCGAUGAUACAGGAGCCAGCGGAGCUACCAGCCGAUCCGCGUCGGCUUCCGGUGAACACACCGAGCGCGAGGGACUGACGGAUGACAGUGGAAGUGCCGCUUCACCUGGCAUGGAGCCAAUGACUCCUCCCACUACUCCGCCUACGUCGGAUUGGACCUUCAGCACGUCACCUGGCGGUCUCCAACGCGCCAUCACCGCACACAACAACGGCUGGAAAAAGGAAUCAGAGGUCAUGCCACCCGCUACAUCCACCACCCCCGCAACGUCUGCUUCUCAUCUCCCCCUGGAGGGCCUCUCCCGUGUCCGUCACCUCUUGAACCCUUGGGAGGAGCCUCACCCUGGUAGUCGACUGCCUCCGGCACAGAGCAGCCAGGGUUGCGAGAAGGUUGUCAACACUGGUUCAUACCACUUGAACGGUGGACGUAAAGGUGGCAUGGCCGCAAAAGAUUUCGCUCCAUUCCAUCAAAAUCGGCCUUGGCUGGUGCGACGGUCGAUCCGUGUGCGAGCACGAACUAAUACCCCGGCCCCCCUCAAGAUCACCACCGAGAUCACCGAGGAUCAAGACGCGAAGUCCGCUCCGCUGCCGGCUGUGCGCGACGUUCCUGUAUCUUCCCCUGCGUUGCCAACGCCCAUCGUCACCCCCGCGACCCCCGAAGUCGGCGUUGAGGCGACGGAAACGCGGUUCAAUGGGCCGGCCGUCGAAGAGGUGAGGCCGAGCGAGCUGCCUCUGCCCGCUUCUCCACCAGUGGAUUGUCAGUUCACGGACUUCUCGAACCUCCUUGGCAUCAGCUUGCAACCGGAAGAGGCAAUCGCUGUCGAUACGGACGAGCGCGAAUCCUACUGUCACGCUGCUCCUGGUCAAGAUAUAUACGGAUGGGACGCCGAACUCAAUCGACAAAGUAAGCAGUUCAGUCCGUGCGACCAGGACUACCAGUACCGGCGAACGAGCAUGACCAAGCGUAGUCUCUUGCAUCGCGUUUUCAGCAUGGGGCCUGUUCCGAAGGAUGUCGAUAUUGAAGUUCGCCGGGCAAGCAGCAACUCCAGCUAG